AUGCUGCCCCUCGCCCCUCUGCGCUCUUGCGCACGGACACAAGUCCGCUCUCUGGUCACCGCGGCUUCCUCAUCAUCAUCCCCCGCCGCUGCCACCGAGUCCGAGCCUCUCACCCACUUCCGCAUCACCCUCCGCCGUUCCGCAAUCUCUCUCUCCAAGAACGUCAAGGGCACGCUCGAGGCGCUCGGUAUUCACCGGCGACUACAGACGGUCUACCACAGACAUACACCAGACAUCGCCGGAAAGAUCCUUAGGGUCAAGGAGCUCGUGUCCGUGCAGAACGUCCCCGCCUCGGCAGUGCGAAACAAGCUGGAGCAGAGGUCGGACAGGAAGGCAUCCCGGGGAUAUGUCGUGACGGGGUCGAAGCUUCAUGCGGAACCCUAGGUUGCAGGCUACUUGACGCUUUAUUUCGCUCUGUAUCGUCUCCAUACAUAUAA